AUGGCUGGUGGUGUGGCACCUGUUGUCGAGGGCACGGCCGACGUCGGGCGCGUCGAGGCGCCCGUAACCGUCAAGGCCUAUCUCAUCUGCGCCUUUGCCGCCUUCGGCGGUAUCUUUUUUGGUUAUGAUACAGGUUGGAUGGGUGGCGUGCUGGCCAUGCCAUACUUCAUCACGCUCUACACCGGCGUCGAGUACGACUAUAACAUCGUGAACUCUGACGGCAGCGUUGGUUACCCGAUUGGUGGCAUCAGCAAGGACGACUUCGUGCUGCCAUCUGCCACACAGUCACUCUUCACAUCGAUUCUGUCCUGCGGUACCUUCUUCGGCGCCCUCAUCGGCGGUGAUAUCGCCGACUUCUACGGCCGACGACCUACUAUCAUCAUGGGCUGCUUUGUGUUCACGAUCGGCUGCAUCUUGGAAAUUUCUGCAACCAACCAGGAAGUUCUGUUUGUUUUCGGCCGUUUGAUUGCUGGUGUUGGUGUCGGAUUCAUCUCCACCGUCGUCAUCCUGUACAUGUCCGAGAUCGCCCCCAAGAAGGUCCGUGGUGCCAUGGUAUCCGGCUACCAGUUCUGCAUCACUAUCGGUAUCCUUCUGGCCAACUGCGUCGUCUACGCCACUCAGAACCGCCCCGACUCCGGCUCGUACCGAAUUCCCAUCGGCGUCCAAUUCCUCUGGGCUACCGUCUUGGCCAUUGGUCUCUUCAUUCUCCCCGAGUCUCCUCGGUAUUACGUGAAGAAGGGCAGAAUCGAGGAAGCGUCCAAGGCCCUGGCUUACGUUCGUGGUCAGCCUGAGGACUCCGAUUACGUGAAGCUCGAGCUCGCCGAGAUCGUGGCGAACAACGAAUUUGAGAUGAUGCACGUCCCGGCGACCUCCUACAUUGGUUCGUGGACAGCUUGCUUCAAGGGCUCCAUCAUGAAGGGAAACAGUCCUCUCCGUCGUACCAUCCUCGGCACUGGUCUGCAGUGCAUGCAACAGCUGACUGGUAUCAACUUCGUCUUCUACUUCGGACCUCCGUUUUUCAAGCAGCUUGGCACCAUCUCCAACCCCUUCCUCAUCUCCCUGAUCACCACUUUAUGCAAUGUUUGCUCGACGCCUGUCUCCUUCUACACGAUUGAGAAGUUUGGUCGCCGUGCUUUGUUGAUUGUCGGUGGCACGGGUAUGAUCAUCUGUCAGUUCAUCGUUGGUGCCAUUGGUGUCACCGCUGGCCGAAAGGAAGCCCACAACACCUCGGCCGUCUCGGCCCAGAUCGCCUUCAUCUGCUUGAACAUCUCCUGCUUUGCCAUGACCUGGGGUCCCACGGCAUGGGUCGUUGUCGGCGAAUCCUUCCCUCUGCCCAUCCGGUCACGCGGUGUUGGUAUCUCCACGUCGUCGAACUGGUUCUGGAACACUAUCAUUGCCGUCAUUACUCCCUACCUCGUCGGCGCGGACAAGGCCAACCUGGGCUCUCGGGUUUUCUUCCUGUGGGGCUCUCUCUGCACGAUCAGCGUCGCCUUUGCCUACUUCCUCGUCCCCGAACUCAAGGGCCUGUCUCUCGAGCAGGCCGACAUGUGCAUGGAGUCGGUACCACCACGCAAGUCAGCCGCGUGGAAACCCGACCACACUUUUGCCUCCGAGAUGCACCACGUCCACGAGGACAAGGCACUGGCCAACGACACUGUGGAGGAGAAGGUCUAG